UUCAUGGCUGAUUAAUCAAAACAACUUUAAUGGACAGGUCGUAAGAUUAUUACGUCAGAUAAUGUUACUAAAGGUAUAUAUGAUGUCCUAUAAAACAUCAGGCAUUGUGAAGAAAUUAAAUGAGAAAACAGGAUAAUAUGAGACCAUGAAGGUUGAAAUCCCCAAAUUAACAAUAGCCUAGCAAAUCGAAAACACAAAGAUGGAAAUUAAUUAAGGUAUAUCAUUUUAUUUAAAAUUAAAGCAAAUGAGAUCUCAAAAAAAUUAUAUUAAUAAUUCAAUACAUUAAAAGAAUAAGUUACAAGUUUAAGGCAACUUGUAGAUGAGAAAGCAAAAUAAUAUAAAAAGGAAUAAGAAGAAAGAGAAAAAAAUUUAAGAAAAAUGAUAAAAUCAAAAGAUUUAGAAAUUAAUAUCGCUUAAAUGAAUGAAGAAUAAAUUAGAGAUAGACUAAAUGAACUUGAAUAAGAACUUAAGAGUUCUACAAAGUUUAAUGAAAUCUUGGCAAAAGAGCGAGAAGUAGCUAAAAAAGAGAAUGAAGCUAUUGAAAUGACAAAAAAUAUUGAAUUGUUACAGAAUAAAUUAGAAGAUAAGAAAAAAGAAUUAAAAUAAAUUAAAAAAGAAAAUAUAUAGUAUUAACGAUAAACUCAAGCCAAUUAGAAAAAACUUGAGAAAAUUGAAAAAGGAACAGAUGAAGCUGCUUAGAUUAAUUAAUUGAAUAAAGAACUUUGUAUACUAAGAGAAAAAGAAAAUAAAAUAAACGAUAAAAAAAAUAAGUUUUAAAAAAAUAUUGAUGUAAUAUAAUAAUCCAUCGAAUUUUAUUAAGAAAAAAUAUAAGAAUUAAAUGAUGAUAAAGUUAAGGAUUUAAAAGAGCUUUAUUAACAAGCAAAAAAAAAAUGGGAAGAAAAGGAUGAAUAGUUAGAUAAUGAAAAAAAGAAAUCAAAUAAGGAUCUUGUUAAGGAAAUAAAAGAAAAAAAAGAACAAAUAGAAAAGGAGAAGGCUAAGAAAAAAGAAAAAGUUGAUGAAGAAGAUAAGCCAAAUAAAUUUAAGAGAAUUAGUGAUUACAUCAAAGAAAAAAAAGAUGUUAGCAGCCUAAAGGCGGAUGAACAAAAUUUCAUUUAAUUAUUCUAAUUCAAAGCUGAUCUCACGAAAUAAAAAUAAAAAAAAUAAAAAAAGAAUGAACAGGAGAAAGAAUAAUUAGAAAGUUCAAUAAAUAAUUUAAAACUAGAAAGAGUGAACAUAUAGAAUGCUAUAAAAGAAAGAGAAAGGGAAAGAGAAAUGGCAGAAACUAAAGAAGUUGAGGAAAAGGAAAAAUUAGAAUUAUUAAAAGAAAAGAAAAGAAUGGAACUUGAAAAAAAGGAGAAAGAAAAAUUGGAAAAACUUAAGAGUAAUUAACGAUCUUAAUUAUCACCCCUUAGAGCAAAGCAAUAAAAAGAUGCAAUCACAAAAGAAAAAUUGAUAAAAGAAAAAGAAGAGUAAUUAAAAUAGUUUAAAGAAAAAUAUUCAAAGUUACCAAAAGAAAAACAAUAGUAAUUUUUGCAAGAACCAUUUAAACUUUCUUAUCAAACAUUAGAAGAGAAAAGGAGGAGAUAAAAGGAAAAGCAAAAUGAUAAAGAGGACAAAGAUAAAGUAGAAGUUAAAGCAUUGAGUAUUAUUGAAACUGUUUGCAGAACCAAGCAUAGAGGAUCUAAAAGAGACUGGUUUGGAUAUGAGCCUAAUGAAUAAACAGUCUAAUGUGAUGAUGUUCACAUUUUAGGAUAGUUUUCUAUUAAUCAUAGAAUUAAGAAAAUAACUAUAUAUCAUAAUCCAACUGAAGGUUUAAUUUAUUUAUUGUGGACAGAAUACAGAAAGGAGGAUGGUACUCUCAUAAGUGGAACGUGGAAUGUAAAUAUGUUAAUAUAUCUUUAGAUCAAUUAAGAAUUAUUAGAAAAAAACAAGGAUAUAAAGAGAGAUGAAUUAGAUUUACAAGAUAAAGAUAAAAUUAAAUAAAUAAUUAUUCGAAGAGAUAAUAAUUUUGUAUCAUUUAUAUAAUUUAAUACUAAAUAAGGAUAGUAGUUCAAAGUAGGAAAGGAAGUGAUGUAAAUAUAUUGAACUAAUUUUAAGUGAAAAAUAGGAAGAAGAGAAACCAAAAGAGAAAAGUGAUGAAUAACAAGAUAAGAAAGAUGGUGAAGGAUAAGAAAAAAAGGAAGAUCCUGAUAAAAGAGAUCUUAAGAUUGAUAAUUUUUCUGUUCUCUUUACUUUAUUUAGUGGUUAUUCUUAGAGAAAUGAGAAAGAAUUAGCUAUGAGCUAUUUUGGUUACGAAAUAGGAAGAAAAUUAACAGCCGAAGAAUACAGCUAGUAUUUAGAGGAAAAACAAAAAAGAUUAGAGGAAAAAGAGAAAAAAAAUAAAUUAAAGAAAUUAGAAGAGAGUAUGGCCAGUGAUUUGAAUAGGAGCUAAAUCAGAAAGAAAUGA